AAAUACGCUUUUACUUGUAGUGGCAAAACAAUAAAAAUAAAUCACAUUCAAAUGAAAGCUUCUACGUUUCUACCAUGGCCCAUUAUUGGUUGGGUUGAUCCACUUAGCCCACAUCCAAUCUUCAAUUUUCAAUCCUCCUCCGGAGGUCCAUUUUGCAAAGCGAUUGGAAGCUCGCCUGAGGAUCCGGCUCCUCUUCCUAGUCUUUGCGUCUUGUUGCCGCCGCAGUCGCAGUCGCCGUCGCCGUCGCCCGUAGGCUUGGCUCCAUUGGCUCCGAUGCAAUCUAUUUUAAUACCGGCUCAGGAAUCAUAUUUUCUUCUCCGAAUAUUGAAUGGAGGCUUGCAAACCCUUGAGUCACUGAAGAAUCAAGCUUCAGUCUAUCUUUCGCAGAUUUUUUGUUCCGAAUCCUCAAUGGAACUAAGUGAUUCCAGGUGUACCAGUGAUGAAAAAUAUGUCAAGGAGGACGCCGGCGGUCAGGGCGAUCCCAGGGGCGCAGUUUUCAACGCUUUGGAUGCUAUCUUAAUCAGCAGUUUGAAUCGGUUGAAGACCACGAGAGAAAGCUUAUCUUGGGGGCAUACAGGAACUGGUGACACCAUUUUGGAAAUGAACCAGUGGAGUGAUACAAAGAUGAUAAGAGUUUUGUGCUUGGAAGGGAAGUUGGAGACAGCUUUAUGGUUAUGGAGGACAAUGGUUCGACAACUUAGAAUACCUGAUGUCAUUACUUACAAUUUUCUUUUAAAUGCUCUAUGUAAGCGCGGCAAUCUGGAGAAGGCAGGACAACUUGUCGAGGAGAUGUUAAGUCAGGGGAUUUCCGCAACUUGUGCUACAUACAACACUUUAAUGCAUGGCUAUUGCCUUGCCAAUGAAGUGGACAAAGCGCUUGAUGUCUUUUCUACCAUGGUUGACCAUGGAGUAAGGCCAAAUAGAGUGUCGUGCAAUAUUCUUGUAAAUGCCAUUUGCCAAAAGGGCCUGGUAGAUGAUGCAAGAAAGCUUCUUGAGGAGAUAUUGAAGGACGGUCAUGAUUGUGGAACCUCUAAUUUAAUCACUUCAACUAUACUUAUGGAUGGAUAUUUCAAGACUGGCAAUGUGUCUGAAGCUUUCACUUGUUGGAAUGAUGCAAUUAAGAGGGGUUUGAAGUUGGAUGUCGUUGCUUACAAUGUCGUUAUACAUGGAUUUUGUCUGAGUGGAGACAUAAACCUUGCGUAUAAAUAUUGCUGUGAAAUGUUUAAAAGGGGUUACCUUCCUGAUAAUUUUACGUAUAAUACACUCGUUAACAUGCUUUGUAAGUCAGGUAGGAUUGACGAGGCUUGUUACAUUUUCAAGGUUAUGGUAAGGACAUGCAUUCCUCCGGAUAACAUCACAUACAAAGUGAUUAUUCAAGGUUUAUGUCUAAAUGGGGAUUUAAAUAGAGCAGUUUAUUUUCUUUCCCACAUGUUGGCGAACUCUUCUGUGCCCGAACCUCUCAUUUGGAACACCAUUAUUGAUGCCUAUGGGAAAUGUGGAGACCUUGACAUGGCUCUAUAUUUGAGAAAUCAAAUGAUUAGAUUUGGGGUUCUGCCUAAUGUCUACACUUAUAAUGCACUCAUCAAUGGGCAGAUAAGAAAUAGAGAUGCCGAUAAGGUUCACUAUAUGAAGAAAGAAAUGUUCCUGAAUGGUGUUUCCCCCGAUUUAGUCACAUACAACUUGAUGAUUGGUGCUGCUUGUAGGCUUGGCUACUUAAGUACCGCACUCCAGUUACACGAUGAAAUGCUGAGGGAAGGGUGUCAUCCAGAUAUAAUAACUUAUACUGAAUUACUGAGGUGUUAUUGCUCGAAAGGGAAAAUGAAGGAGGCAGAGGAGCUUCUUUUCAACUUGCAGAGGUCAGGUUUUCCAAUUGAUCAUGUGCCGUUUUUAGUACUUAUGAAGAAGUUUUUCAAAAGGGGGGAGCUAGACAAAGUGUUUGAGCUUUAUCUAAUGUGGUCGAGAAAAUGAACUUUGGAUGUCUAUGCUUGAAAACACACAUCAACCGUUGCAGCACGAUCUCAAAUAUCUAGAUUGGAGCAUGUCAUUGGCUGCUGAUUCUGGAUUUUCUUCUCGAGGUGAUGGGGGAGAUCAAACAUCUUGGCCUAAUGAUCUCACAAGCAAAGAGAAGUCGAGAGUGCUUCCGAGCUAUUGGCAUUUGAAUUCAUUGCGGCAAGUACAGUUAUUCGGCAUGCCAAUAGCUGCGCUUGUGAUCUACUGUAAAUUAAGAUGGAACUUCCACGGCCAAUUUAUAAAGCGCAGUACAUCGACUUCACUUACUUACAUAGAGCUUCAAAGUUUGAUGUGGGUGUGCAAAUCAACAAUGGUACCUUAAAUCCCUUUUCUUGUAUGUCUGUCAUCAAGACUGAUACAUCUGGUCGAUUUGUGCGCUGAGCUCUAUCCGGUCGCAGUCGUUGAACUUUCUCAAGUUGCAGGAAGCAUAUGUUGUGAUUGUCAUCAAAGAGGAGAUGGUGACAAGAAGCGCUGCGGGCAGACGGUAUAUACGUGUAUAUACACACACAUUAGCUCUUCUUGCAUAAUGUGCUUAUUUUUACCUCUAUUUGAAUGUUCGGUUAUAUAAAUGAUGUGAAAAUUGAUAAUGCCUCUCAAUUAUGUGAUGGGAUCUUAACUUGAUCUUUUCUGGUAUUGAAAAUAUAGUUACCCCUACACGAUUGGUAAAUGUUUUGUUUUACAGUACAUAAUAAUGUCUGAGUUUGAUUUAGGAAAUUUAAGCAUAAUAGAUAGAUAGAUAAUAGAUGAUGAUAAGUAUGAAGUAAGAAUAAGAAAGAGAAUUUAGCAUAAUGAUAUUGGUAAUAGUAUCCUUCUUUGUCGACAUAGAUAGAUAGAUAGAUCACAAACAUUUAGGACAAUCCUGUCACGUGACCACCACCAUCCCUCACAAAUUUGUACUGUUUGGUUACAGCAUAUCAUAUCUUAUAUCUAUAUGCUACUAGUACUAAUAAUCAAUCAUCCAUCAAUCCUUUUCCAACUCUGGAUUUGGUCCUGCUUCUGGAAUAAAUCCUUCCUUCCCUAACCCUAAAAUGCAUUCUUUAUGGGUAUGGGUAUGGGUAAUUGGGCAUGGGCGGGCAUGGGCAUGGGCAUGGAUUGAUAUUGAUUUGUUGCCCCCACUCGCACACUUCCAAACAGUCUGUCUCUCUGUCUUAUUUUAUUUAUUUUUAUUUAUAUUC